AUGUCAGGUUAUAGAAUUCAUGUGACAAAUAUUCCUAUCCUGAUAACCGGUCCAGAGCUCAAUGCUCUUUUUAUACCCUUUGGAAAUAUUAUACAAAUAAAACCAUCAGAAAAACUCACAAGAUAUUUUAAGACUGGAAAGGGAAAGGAUCUUGAUGAUAAUUCAACGACUUUUGCUGAUAUUGAUUUCGAUGAAUUAGAAGAUGCUAUUGAAGCCCGUAAUAACAUGAAUGGAUUUGAAAUUUAUGGGAAAUUUUUGAUUGUCACUGGUCGAAACCUCGAUAAUCAAGAUCAAAAUAGUAAAGAUCAUGGAAUAUUAUCGGGUCUCAAGGAUAAGAGAGCCAUUUGGGAUGAAGACAACAAAGGAAUUUUGGAUAUCGAUACUGAUGGGACACCUGAGUGA